CUGGGGCUGUUAAAAACUGGGAAAGAAGUGAGAGCUACGUACUUUAUAUUUAACGUUUUCGAACGAUGCCGGCGAGUGGAUGGAGAAACAGCAGAGGAAGAUGUCAGUCUGGGGGUAUGAAAGCGGUCUCAACCUGUCGUAGUCUUCCUGACCGGCGGUAUCCCAGCUGGAAGGCGUUAGAGUGCAGACGUAAUAGAAAUACGCUUACAGUCCCAAUAAGACCGGCUUUCCGUCGAGGAGGACGGUCGCCUGGUAGUUGUCGAAGACGGUCGGGACAUAGUCGCUCUACGGCGCGCAUGAGAACAAAAGAGCGAGUUUAUUAACGACCCACUGGGAAUUGAUUCGUGGUGUAGCUAAUCAGUAGGCAGGUCUUCCCGACCGCACCGUCGCCGACACUAGAACGGCUUAGUUAAUUAAUAAAUAAAGCGCUAGACCUACACAACGCAUUUUAUAUUCUUUGAAGCCAUUUUUAUAUUUUCGCCCUUCGGAUUUGAAAUUAAUUUUUUUUUGGACGCUCACUCAAUAGCGUAUUCGAAAGCACCUCUUGCCUCCAAACUAAGUAAAAAAAUAAUGUUGAGCCGCAACAUACUCUCCAGAGUCGCUAGGUCCACUGCGGCUGCCAGCGUUCGCAGAGCCAACGCAGCUGCGUUCUCCACCGCGAGAUUCGCCCCAGCUAUGGCUAAGCCAACGAUCUCAAAAGUCCAAUUAAAGGCUACCCGUGGAUACGCUACCGAAACCGCCCAAGUCGGUAACAUCAAGCAAGUCAUUGGUGCCGUCGUUGACGUUCAAUUCGACACCGAAGACCUCCCAGCGAUCUUCAACGCCUUGGAAGUUCAACACAACGGUCCAAAGGUCGUCCUCGAGGUUGCACAACACCUUGGUGAAAACACCGUCCGUGCAAUUUCUAUGGAGGGUACCGACGGUCUCGUCAGAGGCACAAAGGUCGUCGACACCGGCGCUCCAAUCUCCAUCCCAGUCGGUCCAAAGACCCUCGGUCGUAUCAUCAACGUCACCGGUGAUCCAAUCGAUGAGAGAGGUCCAGUCGAGGGUGUCAAGAGAUCACCAAUCCACGCUGAACCACCUGCAUUCACUGAACAAUCCACCGCUGCCGAAGUCCUCGAGACCGGUAUCAAGGUCGUCGACUUGCUCGCCCCAUACGCUCGUGGUGGUAAGAUCGGUCUUUUCGGUGGUGCCGGUGUCGGUAAAACUGUCUUGAUUCAAGAACUUAUCAACAACGUUGCUAAGGCUCACGGUGGUUACUCCGUCUUCUGUGGUGUCGGUGAACGUACCCGUGAAGGUAACGAUCUUUACCACGAAAUGAUUGAAACUGGUGUUAUUAACCUCGAAGGUGACUCAAAGGUCGCUCUCGUUUUCGGUCAAAUGAACGAACCACCUGGUGCUCGUGCCCGUGUUGCCCUCACUGGUCUCACCAUCGCUGAAUACUUCCGUGAUGACGAAGGUCAAGAUGUCUUGCUCUUCAUUGACAACAUUUUCCGUUUCACUCAAGCAGGUUCUGAGGUCUCUGCCCUUCUCGGUCGUAUCCCAUCUGCCGUCGGUUACCAACCAACCCUCUCAACUGAUAUGGGUGCUAUGCAAGAACGUAUCACUACCACCAAGAAGGGUUCUAUCACCUCUGUCCAAGCCGUUUACGUCCCAGCUGAUGACUUGACUGAUCCAGCUCCAGCUACCACUUUCGCGCACUUGGAUGCCACCACUGUCUUGUCACGUGGUAUUGCCGAAUUAGGUAUUUACCCAGCUGUCGACCCACUCGACUCAAAGUCACGUAUGCUUGACCCACGUAUCAUUGGUGAAGAACACUACAACGUUGCAACCCAAGUCCAACGUAUCCUUCAAGACUACAAGUCCCUUCAAGAUAUCAUUGCCAUUCUCGGUAUGGAUGAACUUUCUGAAGAAGACAAGUUGACCGUCGAACGUGCACGUAAGAUCCAACGUUUCAUGUCACAACCAUUCGCUGUCGCACAAGUUUUCACUGGUUUCGAAGGAAAGCUUGUCUCACUCGCAGACACCAUUCGCUCAUUCAAGGAAAUCCUUACUGGAAAGUAUGAUCACCUCGUUGAAUCAUCUUUCUACAUGGUUGGUACCAUCGAAGAAGCACAAGCUAAGGGUGAAGCCCUCGCUCGUGAAUCUGCUGGCCAAUAGAUUAGAAGAUGUAUUUAAAACGACGAUAAUAAAACCAAAUAAAAUUGAUUUAAUUUUCUUUCUCAA